GUUGAAACGCCUACGUGAGAGAGAAAGAGAGAAGAGUCCAUCAGAGUCGGUGAAGAAGAGGAAAGAAAACCCAAAUUGGAUGAGAUUUCGUUUAUUGUUACAGAGAGAGAGAACAAACGCAGAGCACUGUACGCACGCACAAGACACCUCCCCUCUCAAUCUCGUUUCUCGGGCCGUCUAUUAUUUACGUAUACCGAAGUCUUUUACUCUUUGUGGUUUAUAGUUCUUUUUUAAAUUUAGUUUUAGUCUGUCUUUGGUUUCGAGAGAGAGAGUUGCAGAGCUGAAAUCCCCGAAAGCCGAGAUGAAUGGAUUUUUCGGGUCUGACGGAGAUUUCAUGGAAAGCCCAGGAAAUUUAGGACAUAGCCUAUGGUUUUAAAAAGAUGGCCUUUUAAAGGUAGGCAAUAGGCAUUCAUGGGUUGAACUCGAAGAAUGAUGGGGAGUUGCAGCGAAGAGGAAGAGGAUAGAUUCUUUGACUCCCGGGAAGACCUUACGUCCUCCGAUUCCGGCUCGAAUUGCCAGGAAAAUUUUGAUUCAAAUCCCGGGUUUCUUGGUUUGGCCUCGGGUAGUUUCCUAUACCAUGUUUGGAUUCAGAACCCAGGAAGCAUUCACGAGCGCCGUAAGAAGUUCUUAAAAUGGAUGGGCUUAAGUUCAGAUCGGACUGUCAUGGAGGACUGUGGACAUCCCUCUACCAGCAACAUUGAAGUAGAGAUGGAUAGAAUUACAGAAAAUAGUGGGGCUGUGCUGAGGUACUCUGGCUUUGAAGAUCGGUUCUCAUCCAGUCGUUCUUCCAUAUCUUGUUGGUCUAAUGAAGCUUCAGAGUUGUCAGAAGAUGGAGUGUCUGAGGCAAAUUUAAUUUGUAGGAUCAAGAACUUGGAUGCUGGUACCGAGUUUAUCGUGGAUGAAUUGGGGCGGGAUGGUAUGCUGAGCAGGCUUAAUGAAAUGGGCUCAAAUCAGGUAGUUGCUGUAAAAGAGUUUCAGAGGGAUCUUGGGUUAUCCCCUCUGGCCCAGCACUUCAUGCGUAAAGAAGUUGCAGGAGCAACCAACUCCGCACAUAUGAUAAAGAGAGCAAAGAAUGGCUGGUUGAGGAGAUUAGGUGCUGUGGCUUGCAUUUUUGAUAAAGAGAAAGGUUGUAAUUUGGAGCCCAGGGAUCCUGAUUUGUCUUUUGGAGCAAGGGUUCAAAGAGUUAGGGUUCGUCCUUAUAGGAAGCGGUCAAAGGAAUUCUCUGCUCUUUAUAUGGGACAAGAGAUCCCGGCCCAUGAUGGUUCAAUAUUGACCAUGAAAUUCAGUCUUGAUGGAUGGUUUCUGGCAACGGCUGGUGAAGAUGGUGUUGUGCGUGUUUGGCAAGUAAUGGAAUAUGAGAGAACAAAUGAGGAUGAUAUUGCAGAUAUUGAUCCUUCGUAUGUAUACUAUAAGGUGAAUAGUUCAUCUGAAUUAGCUCCUCUUUUUCCUGAUAAAGAAAGAUUGGCUAAGCUUAAGAGUAUAGGUAGAAUGUCAGAAUCAGUUUGUGUCGUUUUACCUCGAAGAAUCUUUCGGUUAUCUGAGAAACCUCUGCACGAGUUCCAUGGGCAUAGUGGUGAGGUCUUGGAUCUAUCAUGGUCGAGUAAUAAGCAUCUACUGUCAUCCUCUGUUGAUAAAACUGUCCGCUUGUGGCAAAUGGGUUGCCACCACUGCCUUAAGGUUUUCUCCCAUAAUAACUAUGUGACAUGCGUUCAAUUCAACCCUGUCAAUGAUAAAUACUUCAUCAGUGGUUCAAUAGAUGGAAAGGUACGCAUUUGGGAAAUUCCACAUUGUCAAGUUGUUGAUUGGACUGAUGUACGAGAAAUAGUCACUGCUGUAUGUUAUCAGCCUGAUGGACAGGGAGGAAUUGUUGGCUCGAUGACAGGCAAUUGUCGCUUUUAUGAUGCAUCAGAUAAUCACUUACAACUAGUGAAGCAAAUAUGUUUACAGGGUAAAAAGAAAUCACCUGGCAAGAGGAUAACUGGCUUUCAGUUUUCCCCAAGUGAUCCAACCAAAUUAAUGGUCACUUCUGCUGAUUCACAAGUCCGAAUUCUUGAUGGAUUUGAUGUGAUCUUCAAGUACAGGGGCCUACGGAAUGCAGGAAGUCAGAUAUCUGCAUCUUUCACAUCUGAUGGGAAGCAUAUUGUUUCAGCAAGUGAGGAUUCUAACAUAUAUAUCUGGGACUACAUCAGUGAGGAUGGACCUGCUCCUUCCCAAGCAAAAAGCAUUUGGUCUUGUGAGCGCUUCAUCUCUGACAAUGCAUCUGUCGCAAUUCCUUGGUGUGGUGUUAUGUCAACCACAAUGGAAACUCAAUCAACCUUUCAAAUUCCAGAAAAAUCGGCAAUAAGUAGCCAAGGAAACAAAUGGCAACAUUACCCCUUGGAUUGGAACUCACAUAAUGUGUUGCCUCUGUCUUCACCUGAUCAUUUUUCUCCAAGUCAUGGGUUAUUCUCGGAGGCCUUACCCAAGGGUUCCGCAACGUGGCCAGAGGAAAAGCUUCCCACAUUGGGCUCAUUGACUGUGUCAUCUACAAUGUGUAAAUCUCAGUAUAAAUUUCUAAAGGCAUCUUGCCAGGGUGCACUCAGUUCUCAUGCAUGGGGUCUGGUGAUUGUUACUGCAGGCUGGGAUGGGCGGAUCCGAUCAUUCCAUAAUUAUGGAUUGCCUAUUCGUCUUUGACAAGCAACUGGUUCAGAAUAUGGUCUUAGAGAUGAUCAUUAUUGGGCAUUUGAACAUGCUUAGUGUUCCUCAAGUUGAAAUGGAUGUAGCAACAUCUUGUUGGUCUGGUCCAUGCAAAGAAUAUGGUUUGCAGCUUGUUAAAUCUGAAUGUGGGACCUAGAGCAUAUGAUUUUGGUUGGAUUGGCCACAAGUCUGAGUUUCAGCAGUGUCUACUGUUACAGAAGGUAUAGAUUCAUUAAUUUUUUAGCAUGUGCAGUGUGGAUAAAGUUUGAAAUUCUGGGUUCUCAGUUCUCUGAUGGCCCUCUUCUUACAUUUUGAAGUUGUAUCAUAAUCAAAUUACAUCAUGAAAGAUGACAACAUACAAGUGGUUGUGUACUACCACUACAAUCUAGCCCUGCAUGAACGAUUGGCAGGAGUUUGUUUAUCUGGAUUUUGGAUAUCCAGCUGAAUUAUACGAUUCUUUAAUUUUUUUUAUGAGAAGUUGAUGGUUACCUGCUUAUCAAAGA